AUGGAGACUGCAAUGCUGAACUUACGGAAUCUGUUUGACCAACUCAUGCGCCAGUCAGAAUUUCUAAAUGAAGGAAAUGAAUACCAGUUUAUCCAGUUGGCAAAGAACUUUGAAGAGUUCCGAAAGAAGUGGCAGAAGGCAGAUCAUGAGCUGGCCAGGUACAAGGAUCUUCUGAUGAAAACAGAAACUGAGCGUAGUGCACUGGAUGUAAAGCUGAAACAUGCUCGCAAUCAGGUGGAUGUGGAGAUCAAGCGAAGACAGCGAGCUGAAGCAGACUGUGAGAAGCUGGAGCGGCAGAUCCAACUGAUUCGAGAGCUACUGAUGUGUGAUGCAUCUGGCAGUAUUCAGCUAAGUGAAGAACAGAAAUCUGCCCUGGCCUUCCUUAACAGGCCUCAACUUUCCACUGGGGGUUCUGGGAACAGAAGACUUUCAACAAUAGAUGAAUCUGGCUCAAUUCUAUCAGACAUCAGCUUUGACAAGACUGACGAGUCAUUGGAUUGGGAUUCCUCUUUGGUGAAGGCUGUCAGACUGAAGAAAAGAGAGAAACGGCGUUCUUCCAGACAGUUCAUAGAAGGCCCCCCAGGUCCUUUAAAAAAAACCCGAUCAAUUGGCUCCACAGUGGACCAGGGAAACGAGUCUAUAGUUGCAAAAACGACACUUAUGGUCCCUAAUGAUGGCGGCCCAAUUGAAGCUAUCUCCACUAUUCAGACUAUACCUUAUCAUCUCAGAAGCCGGAGGAAGACAGGUAGUUUACAACCCUGGAAUAGUGACUCAAGCUUGGGCAGUAGGCAGCUGGAAUCCAGAUCUGAAACUGAUGGAUCUAACACUCCUCAGAGCAAUGGAGGGAUGAGGCUGCACGAAUUUGUAUCAAAGACGGUUAUCAAACCAGAGUCAUGCGUUCCAUGUGGAAAGCGGAUAAAGUUUGGGAAACUGUCCCUAAAGUGCAGGGACUGCCGUGUGGUGACUCACCCAGAAUGUCGGGACCGCUGUCCCCUUCCCUGCAUCCCAACAUUAACAGGCACUCCUGUCAGAAUUGGAGAGGGGACACUGGUGGACUUUGUGCCCAUGACUCCGCCAAUGAUUCCUUCCAUUGUAGUGCAUUGUGUGAAUGAAAUUGAGCAGCGAGGGCUACGUGAGACAGGCCUAUACCGAAUUUCUGGCUGUGACCGGACAGUAAAAGAGCUGAAGGAGAAGUUCCUUCGAGGGAAGACUGUGCCCCUGCUCAGCAAAGUGGAUGAUAUCCAUGCCAUCUGUGGCCUUCUUAAAGACUUCCUGCGCAGCCUAAAGGAACCCAUUCUCACAUUCCGGCUAAACAAGACUUUUAUGGAGGCAGCAGAAAUUCUGGAUGAAGACAACAGUGUGGCUGCCAUGUACCAGGCUGUUGGUGAACUCCCUCAGGCUAACAGAGACACACUCGCUUUCCUCAUGAUUCACCUUCAGAGAGUGGCUCAGAGCCCAGACACUAAAAUGGACAUCACCAACCUGUCCAAAGUCUUCGGCCCCACAAUAGUUGCCCAUGCUGUGCCAGAUCCUGACCCCAUGACACUCUUGCAGGACACUAAACGACAACCCAAGGUGGUAGAGCGGCUGCUGUCACUGCCAGUGGAAUACUGGAGCCAGUUCAUGAUGGUGGAGCAAGAAAACAUUGACCCAGCACAUAUAAUUGAAAACUCCAAUGCCUAUUCCACUCCCCGAACACCAGAUGUUAAAGUGAGCAUGCUGGGUCCUCUCACUACUCCAGAACAGCAACUGACAAAGACUCCUUCGUCUAGCUCCCUGUCCCAGAAGGUCCGAUCUACACUCAGCAAGACUACUCCGAAAUUUGGGAGCAAAAGCAAGUCUGCAACCAACCUUGGACGCCAGGGAUACUUCUUUGCCUCUCCUAUGCUGAAGUAA